CAGGAUUUUCUCUCGUACUGUUAAGAGUGUGGUAUCAGGACUUUUACUGAAAACUUACUGCAUCACUGCAAACACAGCAGCGAUAAUAGACAAUAGACAAUCCGCUAAUUUCGUAUCCUUUAUUCUGCAAUGCUGACUUAUUUUAUUGUCUUUUCAUUUAUUAUAUAUAUUAUAGGCCACGUCUUACGUUAGAAGGUACUUUGGCUGACAUUUAAGCACACUGCCUAAGUAAAUGUGUGUGUGCACCCGCCGCCACCGCCGCCACUGAGUGUGUGUUUGACCGCGCUCUAGUUUCUGUGGCGGAAGGAGGUGAUGAGGCAGAGAGCGCGAGCGAAAAAAACCUUCAUGUGCGUCGUCGUUUGAGAAAGUAGUUCCGGCCACUUCUAAUCAAAGCGAGGAGGGGGGAGUGGGGCAGUGUCCCGGAUGUUGGCACGGCCGCCGAGAGAAAGGCGAACGAAAGAAGGAGGAGAGAAGCUUAGUGGGGACGCCACGGCACCGCGGGUACACCGGCGAAGACACGGCGGCUCCUUUUGCGCAGAACGACAGCGUCAAGAGCGCGGUACACUCCCGGGGGGCUGCUGCUCGCCGAAGAAGAGGAGGCGGAAGGAAGGGGAGGGGGCAGUUACUCUGAAACUACCGUGAGGAUUACACAGAGCCACCGCCACGGCGAGCUUUCGCCCAGAACAUCGACACAGAGGAAACUGGUGUUAUGCUGAGUUCUUCCUGCUUGCUGUGGAUGGUAAGAUCUUUAUGGACUUCACUGGACCAUCAAUGUGUCGGGCUUUCUCCCAGUGCUCCUGAUGAGUUGACCUGCAGAAGAUGCUAUGCUGAUGUCCUGAGCCGAGGGAGCCCUGACUUCAUCCUCAGCUUGUCUCUUGUCUCAGUUUGUUAACACCAAACGGGAUAAACUCGCCAUCAGUCAGCGGAAGCACCAACAGAAACCACCUCCACCUUUUCCCCACCCCUCCCUGCCCAGCCUGCCGCCACCAUGACGUCGGAGCUGGAGAGUAGCCUGACCUCCAUGGAUUGGCUUCCUCAGCUGACCAUGCAGGCGGCCAUCCGCAAGGCGGAUGCCCAAAAUGCCCACGGGCCAGGCAUGGGCAAGAAGAGUGCCCUACUGGAUCCUAACACCACGCUGGACCAGGAGGAAGUGCAGCAGCACAAGGAUGGCAAGCCGCCCUACAGCUAUGCCAGUCUCAUCACGUUUGCUAUCAACAGCUCGCCAAAGAAGAAGAUGACUCUGAGCGAGAUCUACCAGUGGAUCUGUGAUAACUUUCCCUACUACAGGGAGGCGGGCAGUGGCUGGAAGAAUUCAAUACGGCACAAUCUGUCUUUGAACAAGUGUUUUCUCAAAGUGCCUCGCUCCAAAGAUGACCCAGGAAAGGGCUCUUACUGGGCCAUCGACACCAACCCAAAGGAGGAUGCCUUGCCCACGCGGCCAAAGAAGAGGCCGCGUUCUGGAGAGCGAGCUUCCACGCCGUACAGCCUGGAGUCGGAGUCUUUGGGGAUGGAUUGUAUGAUCUCUGGAAGUGCCUCUCCAACGCUGGCAAUCAACACUGUGACUAACAAGGUGGCGUUGUACAACACAGACCAGGAAGGGAGCGACAGUCCAAGAAGCAGCCUUAACAACAGCCUGUCUGAUCAGAGUCUGGCGUCUGUUAAUCUCAACAGUGUGGGCAGUGUGCACAGCUACACACCGGUGACCACUCACCCAGAGCCUGUGUCCCAGUCUAUGAACCUCCAGCAGCCGCCACAGUACAACAUGCCUGACAGGGACAAGCAGCUCCUGUUCUCUGAAUUUGAAGAUCUCAGUGCCUCCUUCCGCAGCCUUUACAAGUCUGUUUUUGAGCAGUCCUUCAGCCAACAAGGUCUCAUGGGCAUACCGACAGAUUCUUCCCAGCAGACCCACACCUCCUGCUCCUAUCAACACUCCCCCAGUGGCACCAUCAGCACACAGAACAGCCUGUCAAACAACCAACCCAACAACCACCCCAACAGCCACUCUGCCAACAGUGGCCAGGUGCCCCUGUCCCAUCCUGCGCAGGCCCACUCUGGCCACGUCUCGCCCCACGCACCUCACCUCCCGCAGCACGGCGGCCCCCACAACCAACACAGCCAACACGCUCAGCACAGCCAACACAGUCAGCACCAACAGCACUCUCAGCACGCCGUGCACGCCCAGCACGGGCAGCACCCAUCGCAGCAUCCGUCCCACGGUCAGCACCCACAGCAGCAUACGACACACCCCUCCCAACACACGCAGCACAGCCAGCACCCUCCGCAGCAUCAGAGCCUUUCCCACCAGCCACAUCCUACCCAGCAACAGAUGGCCUGCAACACAGGUUUACUGUCUGACUGGUACCCAAAUCUGGAUGCACUGAAAGAAAGCUGCCGUAUUGCUAGCAGCUAUAACUGGGCUGAUGUCGACCUUUCACCUUUCCAAGGCUUAAGAGAGAGUAUGAGACAAGCCGAGUUGAACAAUUGGUCCCUGGAACCCACCCAGAUCGCAGACCUCUGCUCGUCCAUCAAUCAGUUUUUUGCCCGCACCGGUGUGAUCCAGCCACAGGGGGCAGUGCAGCCCUCUGUGUGCCACGGCUCCAUGCACCCCAACAAACCCAGCCAGCACCUCAACACAGGGAAUCUCUACAUGGACACCAGACAGAGCAUGUCCAUGAUGGGUCCUCCAGGAUAUCCACACAUGCCCCCCAUGAGCGGCGCAGGACCCACUAUGACAGGACACCAUGCACAGAUGAACCAGCAGCACCUGAUACCUAGCAGAAACUUCCAGAUGCAUCGCAUGCCAGCUGACGACAUCCAGGACGACUUCGAUUGGGACUCCAUUGUCUAGCCCCUAGGCCUCCUUUUUUGCAAGCAAAGGGAGCAAGGAGAGGAGGUGGCAGCCAGAGGAAGCCAGGCUGAGCUGAAAGGCCGCAGGAGGAGGAGGAGGAGGAGGAGGAGGCGGCCGCUGUGGGUGGGAUCUGGGAUGCAGAAGAACAUUUGACGAGCUUUGGAGAAAGACGAGACUUCAGAGUCCUGACAUUUUUACAAAAAGCAAAACAUAAAUUGAAAAAUGAUGUUAACUUUGAAGACAAUCAUAUUUAGCCGGACAUGUCAAAGUGAUUGCUUACAUACUUGUCUCGAGACAAGUAGAACACAUUUACGUAUAAACCACACGCUCCUCAGCUCCUCAGUCAGCCCUCUCCCCCCGACCCUCGCCAGCAGCCUUCCAAAGUCUGCACCCCGACCCCCUCCCCCCGACCCCCUGCUCCGUAACUGUUAUGUGAUUUGAGCGACGUGUUCAGCUUGUAAUUCUUCUCGUGUUGACAUUGGCCUCAGCUGUCUCUUGGAUGAGUUUCUCUCUUCUUUAAAAAUGAUUUUUUUGUUUUAGUUUUUAGUUUUUUUGAAGAAAUGCAGGCCGUCCCUGAGUGAUGUAAAGGUGCUCGUUGGUCACUUUUGGGAGAGAGCGAGUCCCCACUGGGGCUGAGUUGGUGGUAAAUGUGAGGUUUACAGUAACUGAGGUUUUGAACAGGGUGUUAAAUGAUUGUGGCUUGAUAUUAAACAAACCACGGGAGCGAUACAGAGAGAGAUCACACAAAGUGUUGUGAUCCGUUUUCAUAGCCAACAAAUGUGAUCAGGCUCACUGCAACAGACUAGCAAUGGGAAAAAAAUGUGUUCUGUCUCAUGAUGAGUGUGAUACCAGGGAAGUCAAGACAUUUGUGUUUUUGUUUUUUUACUUCAUUUCCCAAAGGAACCUGACGUUUAGGUUCCAUGUGCAUCUUGUCGGUUUAAUAUUUGCUCCACCAGUCAGAUGUUGUUGUAACAUUCAAGAGUUUUAAUGGUUAAGUUCAUCCGUUUUACACAAGAAGCCAAUUGAUCAUUAAACAAGCCGGGAUCAAUCAAUCAAAUUAAUUAAAAUUGAGUCCAACCGACACAUUGGCAGUUUUCAUCCGUUCUUAGCAUUAGUAUUGGCUCAUAUGCCGGCCAAUAAAGAAAUAAGAAACCACAGCACAACCAAAAAUAUGUUUGAGGUCAUUCAGAAACUGUUUCCAUUACAGAGUUCUUCAGUCAGAGAGCAUUGAUGAUGAGCACAUUUUGAAACUGUAAAGUCUCCUGUUCGGCAAAUAUAAUCAUCAUAAUUCUUUGAAAAAAGAAAGAAAGAGAAACUACAGUUUUUGCUGAUGUUAUUUGUUUAUUAAAACAAAUAUCGGCAGAUACAUAGAUCUCUUUAUAAUCUAAAAUAUUGGUAAUGGCCUCCAAAAGUGUAAUAUCGGUCGGGCUCUUGUUUCCUAAAUAGCUUUUUGUUAAAAUGAACUGUUCAAUUCAGUGAGGUUGGUUUUAUUAAAGGAAUAGUUCAACUUUUUUUUUUUUUAAUUUGCCUUGUCGAGAGUUGGAUCAGAAUGUUUUUUUGAAAAUAUGAAUCUGCAGCCAGGUUGUGGUUUCACUGGGGGGGUCGUGUGCCAGACCUUUUUCCAGUAACUGUUAAGCUGCACAUUCUUUGGCUGUGGCUCCUUAUAAACUCUACAGAUAUGAACGUGGUUUGAAUCUUCUCAUCUUAACUUUCCCCCAAAAGGCGAACAACAAGCGUAUUUGCCAAAAUAUGGAACUAUUUUGUAAAUUGUAUGCAAAUCAUGGUAUAAUCAUUUAUAUUAAUAACGUUGUUUGCAAAAUUUUACAGUAAUGGUUUGAAGCCUUACUGACUUUAAAGAGUUAAAGGUGCAGUAAACAAUUUUUGUCAAAAUCCGCAAAUAUCCCCUCACGGCCUGCUGUGUCUGUGUGUGCUUCGGGGGGAAAAUUUAAAAAAAUCUUCAAAUUUACAAACCCCCAAAAAUGGUGCGGACCGUGUGCAGUUUGUAAAGAUCCCUCCCCGACACGUGAAGAGACGUGGUUAGCGCGUCGGUCUCACUUACCCGGGUUUGCGGCACGGCCAGUGCAGUAAAACCAUCAACAACAACAACAACAAAUACAACAACAAAAGGAGAGACAAGCUUUCUCCGAAAACACUUACUGCCCCUUCAAGAGACUAAUAAAACAUUUUUUACUAUGAAAAAAAAGAUCAUACUAGCUUCUGUGAAAGUUUGAUUAAUGAUCAAUUCAAUAUUCAUACGAUGUUGAACUUUUCUUUGAUAUGUUAAAUGAGUUGCAUCCAAAGUCACCAACUACACGUCAGAAUGAGUUUUUUCGACACUACUUUCAGUGUUAAUUGUCACUUCUGACAAUUUUUUGGGGGGGGGGUUAAUUGCCCAAUUUUUUGUUGUUUUAGUCAGAUAGCAGAAGAUUUUUGCUAUUAUACAAUCAUAUUAGUAUGAGAAAUGUGAUUCAUACAGCACACAGUGUGCGUGUGUGUGUGCGCGUGCGUGUGUGUUUGCAUGUGUGCGUGUGUUUUGGUUUUAUUGUAAUUUUAGGGCUAUGAUGCAAUCAUCUCUAUGAGCACAAGAGCAGAUGCACACGGUGAUUAAAGAUUUGAGAUUUUGUGUUUUUGUGAGAAGGGUUUGUCGAAGCACAGAACAGGGAGACGAGACGUCUCCUCUGUGUCCUGUAACAAGUGACUCCUCCGUCAGCCCGGCGCUGAACUCCAGAGGCACUAUGUUAAAAAAAAAAAAACUUUAAAAAAAUACAAACAAAAAGCCCUUUGCACACUUUCGCUUCAUGUUGAUCUUAACCGGCUUUAAGAUGCAAAGCACCUCCUGGUUAUUCACUCCCGUUCUCAUCCAGUCAGUCAGUCACGGUCGGACUCUCUGACCCCUAGUGGCAAUUAUGAGGCAUUUGAUAGUGGGGAAGGAUUAGUUCUCCUCUCCAAUGAAGACAAACUGUGUUUGGUGCUUUGCAUCUGUGACACUGUGUGUCCUUGUUUUAACAUUUAACAGUUCGGGGGCUCACUCCGAUUUGACUAAUUGCCUUUUUUAUUUUUCCAAGAGUUAGAGAAUAUUGACGCCACUCGUGUCUGCCCUGGUGAAUAUGAAGCUACAGCAAGGACACGGUUUAGCUUAGCUUAGCACAAAGACUGGUACCCAGGGAAUUGUUUGCUAAGCCAAGCUACCCCUCCCCUGGCUGUGGCUUCAUGUCUAAUGAGUGGGUUUCAUCUGUCUCUCAGCAAGAAAGCAAAUUAGAAGAUUUCCCAAAAUGCUCCCGGAUGAUGAUUUAGCUACCAGGGACUCUAGUUAGUGACUUGUUUGGAUGACAAUCAUGGAUUCCUUUUAUGAUUUUGCUCAAUGUCUUUGUUAUUGUGAGAGACGCUCACAUGAUUGUUUUAUUGGCUAUUAUAGAACCAUAUAUUUAAACACAUAGUCGACCCAGCCCAGUUUUAUACCGUUGAACCGCGCAGAUGAAGUCAAGUUCUCUUUUUUCAACUGAUACUGCCGUUCAUUUUUUUUUAUAUUUUCUGCUAAUGUGUCUUUUCUUUUUUGCUUACCAAUCAUACCUGUCCACACCUGCUUUUCUCUCUCCACACUGUUGUGUCUGUCUUUGUAUAUCAAAUGUGCGCUCUCUGUGGUAAACUGCCUCGCCUGUGGAUCUCAACCACAAGGGGGGUUUUUUUUAACGCUUUUGUUCAACUGCCAGAAUUUCCUAGUUGAGUGUUCUGACAUGAGACUUAGUCAGUUGAGUGACCUGACCCGUGACUCUUUGAGGCGAGUGUGGGCCAAUGGACUGCAACUGAAGACGGCAGUGGGGGGAGGAAAAAGUGCGUGUGUUCGUUGGGACUCUACGGACCUGGAAUCGUGGACUUCCUGUGAGUCCUGGGCCGGCGUGGAGCUGCAGUGAGGUUCAGCUCUUCCGGGUGAAGACUGUGAACAUGCAGGCUACCGUUGGAGCACAUCAGCCCGUGGGAAGACAAAAUAUUUGAGCAAAUGGAACGUGGCUAAAAAGGUGAAGACAAUGACUGGAUCACAAUCACAAUUUGACAUUGCCUGUGUGUGUGUGUGUGUCUGUGUGUGUGUGUGUGUGAGUGGGUGUUUGUUUGCUUGUGUGAGUUUCAGUUGUUUUGUUUUGUUUUUUCAAAAAAGAUGAUUUCAGUUUUUAAAUACCGCUGGACAUGUACCUGCCAGAGAGAUUAUUACUAUUACUGCGGGGGAAAAAAGAUGAAAAAAAGAAACAGCCUUGUUACGACAUGGGAGAGAACUGCCAACAAGUACUGCUGAGGGGGCCUAUUUUAUUCAGUGCUGGUGUGUCGUCGUGCUUGUAUAUAUAUGUCUUUUCAAUCAUCCCUUCUUUCCUCUUGGGGGUGGGGCAUCGAGACAGGGGGUGGGUCUUAUCCACAGAAGAGAGGAGGGAAAAAGAAUAGAGUAUUUUGUUAUCGUCCAAUCAGAGGGUGACAGUAUGUAUAUAUCUAUAUUGUAUAUAUGUGAUGAAAAAUGCGUUGGCUUUUUGUGUGACACUACCUUUUACCUGUACUAUGGUUCUACAUUCAGUGUUUCAGUGUUGAUAAUAUAUAUUUAGUUUGUAUUUUAUUUUUUUUUGUUUUGGUUUUAUUUGAUUUUGUCUUUUGUCAUUUCUUGUAUUUUUUUCCCCCCUCCUAUUUGUCCUUUUUUGUUUAUUGCACGGUUUAUUACUUUUGUUGUCCGAUGAGGUGACACAGCUACUCUUUGUAUUCGUUUAGUGCUGUAAAAUAACAAGUGUUAUUAGAAUUUGUCGAUACCACCGCCCACCCCACCCCCUUCCCCAAUAUGCAUGAAUGGCACUUAAAGAAAUAAAAUAUGGUAACUUCACUGUGGAA